CUCCUCCUAUCCAACAACCUCCUACUUGUCAUUACUGUGGACAUACCAGACAUUUUAUUGCCAAGUGCAAUGCAUGAAGACAGGAUCAACAGUCUUGAAGACCCAGACAAUCAGAACAAACUUCUAGAAGUUCUUAUCAAAACUAUUCUUGUCGAAAUUAUUAUAAUCAAUCUUGCUCUCGAA